AUAACGAGUAUUUUUAUAAUAGUAAUAAUUGUAAUUGUCACGAUUUUCUUGACUCUGUAUCUGAACCGAUAACUUAGUCCUUUCCACUGUUUGUGACAUAUGUAGUUUAUUCUUUUUUGUAAAUAUUUUUAUUGUAUAAGAUAUUUUGUAAAAACAAGAAAGUUUUAAUUUAAUUUAAUGGAAAGGAAAAAUAAUAAAAUAAGAAUGUAGAAAUAUUACAAACUAAAUUAACAAAGAUUUUUUUUAAUAAUAAGUGACAUUUGUUCAAAAUGGACAGUGAGAAAUUAAAAUCGUCAGCUUUCGCUAUACAAUGUUGGGGAACAUUUUGCAUAUCAUUCCUAGCAUGUCAAACGGGAUAUGUUUUCGCGUGGCCGUCGUACACAACAGAUUUCUUCAGAUCAAACGAAACUGUACUCUCUAAACCUAUGUCUACCUGGGAGAUAUCACUACUGGGUAGUUUACCAAACAUAGGGGGAUUAAUAGCAACGCCAUUUUGUGGUUAUGCAUUCAAUGUGCUUGGUAGAAAAUAUGCUACAAUCUUGUUUGGAUUGCCUUACGUUAUGGCAUGGGCAAUAAUUUCGUUGACCACAAACGUAACUCUUAUACUCAUAGCUAUGACGGUGGCUGGAAUAGGUAUAGGAGGGCAAAACGUUUCCCUCAUUUACAUAUCAGAAAUAUCACAUGCCUCUAUUAGAGGAGGAAUGACUGCGUGUUCAUCUUCGGGCUUUUUUCUCGGUCUUCUAAUAUCCUAUGUUCUUGGAGGAUAUCUAACGUAUUAUCAAGUUGUAUAUGCGCAUUUGACAUUAUCAGUAGCUGGUAUGUUGCUGCUUAUGUUCCUCAAAGAAUCUCCUGUUCAUUUAGUACGUGUUGGCAAAGAAGAGGAAGCAGCUAAAUCUAUAGCGUUUUACAAUCAAGUUGAUAUAUAUUCAAAAGAAGUAGAGAUAGAGUUACGAAAAAUAAGAUUACAAUUAGAUCCAAGAUUGGAGAAGAUUCUUGCCGAGCAGCAAGAUCCCGAAGUUACAAGUGAAUUGUUAAAUGAAAAAUUAGGGAAGGAUCUUGAAAUAAAUAAGGAAUCACCUUGGAAGAUAUUAAGAUCAUCGAAAUCAUCAAAGCGAGCGCUGGUUACUGUACUUGUAGUGAUGACGUUGACUCUUCUGAUGGGCUGCAUAGUUCUUCAAGUUUAUGCAGAGCCUCUGUUCAAAGACGCUGUACCUUCGAUGCCACCAAAUAUGUGUUCAAUAUUUUUAGCAAUCGACUUCUUCAUAGCCAGUUUUGGAUGCGUGUUGGUCGUUGACAGAUUUGGAAGGAAGAAACUGUUCGUCAUCACAUCACUAGCAUGUGGUAUCUGUACGUUGCUAUUGGGCAGUCAAUUGCAACUGCACUGGGCGCCACAUUGGUUCACAGCGUUUUUAAUAUACGCGUUCAGUUUUACAUUCUCGUUGGGAUGUGGCAUGAUACCAUUUGUGCUGAUGGCUGAGGUGUUCCUACCCGAGGUCAGGGACAUAUGCAGUAGUAUAGGCCUAUCAAUUAUGUGGAUGGGUAACUUUGUCACUCUUCUAGUCUUCAAUCCCUUAGUUGAGCAGCUCGGCCUGGGUCCAGUGUUCUACAUUUUCUCCGCCAUCUGUUUCUUUACGUCUGUCUAUGGUCAAUUCAGAUUACCAGAGACAAAAGGACUAUCAGUGGAUGCUAUACAAGUGUUAUUUUUAAAGAAAAAGAAAUAAAUCGAAGUGGUUUAAUAGUGAUUAUUAGUAGAAUUGGUGUAUAUUUAUUACUUACUUUUUAUGAAA